UUCCAUUUGGAAUCGGCUGGGAAUGUGAUAUUUUGCAAAGAAAAUGAUUCUCUUCACAUGAGGGGAAUGGUAUCGAAAGUGGCGAAGGCUAUGAAGCACAAUGGAGCUCUGGCUAUCGCCCAGUUAUCUCAUGCUGGACGACAAACGCCAAGACUGGUGAACCCACAUCCGUCCUCAUGCUCUGAUGUACAACUGAAAGUGCCUCAACAUAUAGUGGGCUUCGGGCGUCCCAUUCCUCUGACUGAGCAGCAAGUGAAGACAGAAGUGGUGGAUCGAUUCGUGUUUGCUGCGAAAUUAGCUCGAGACUGUGGAUUUGAUGGUGUCCAACUCCACGGAGCGCAUGGCUACCUUCUGUCAUCCUUCAUGUCUCCAGCCACGAAUAAUCGGACUGAUAAAUAUGGUGGAUCAGCUCAGAACAGAAUGAGGGUGAUUCGUGAAAUUUUCGAGGAGAUAAGGAAGGAAAUUUCUGCGGUUACCGGUUUUCUGGUCGGAAUUAAGAUGAAUACAAUUGAAUUGAACGAGAAGGGUCUCAAUGUAGAAGAAGCGAAGGUACUAUGUGGAAUAAUUGAGAGUAUCGGCUUCGAUUUUGUGGAGUUGUCGGGAGGAACACUGGAAAGGAAUGCGUUCAUACAUAAAACCGAUUUGGACCAAAAACGGGAGGCCUUUUUCAUCAGUUUCGCUGAAAAGGGUAUGGUCAACGCGAUUCAAGAAGGGGCAACUGAUGGCAUAGGAUUGGGAAGACCAAUAACCGCGGAACCAGAUUUACCAGCUAAAUUCUUCCGCAAAGAAUGUUUUUCUACUGCUGAUUCGAAACUGAACCAGAACGACUUCUUCAUGACACUUCUGGCCAGCCAAGCUCAGAUGGGACAGAUGGGUAAAAAGCCAUUCGCUGAACAGAAUAGCAUUUGUGAAGGAAUCGCUGAUCUAAGCCAUCCUGAUGAAGCCAUGAACUUCAAAGAAGCUGCCAUUUUGCACGUUAAUAAGCUCAAGGAAACCGCAAAAAGGAAUGAACCAUUUCAUGGUAGGAUCCAUUCUCGCAUUCCGGCCUCGCAUGUGGAUGUUGGCAUUCUCGGGCAGCCACUGACAUUUCGAAGCGGUCGCACGGCGCAGAACAGAUUUCUCAAAGCCGCUCUAACAGAGCGAAUAAGCACAUGGGACGCCAAAGAUCCGUCAAAACGUGGAGUCCCCACUCAAGAGCUCAUAAAUCUGUACGACAAAUGGGGCCACGGAAAAUUCGGCGUUACUCUCACUGGCAAUGUUUGUGUGGAGCCGGUUCGUUUCGACUUCUCUUUACCAGCUAUCUGUCAGGAUUCUGUUUAG